UGUGGGGACAAAUCUAAUGGAUGAGACAAUUGUGCAAAUGGUAUGUAAUGUCAAGUACACGGACUGUUGCUCUUCUAAUGGCAUGUCGUAUAUCAUGAUCAUUUCUGACAUGGACGCAAAUGAAUUCCGAUCGGCCGCUAAGCAACUCGUCGACUAUAUUGCAGAUUAUAUCGAGAAUAUUCGUGAUAGAGAUGUAUUGCCGUCAGUAAAACCCGGAUAUAUCAAGCAAUUGAUACCCGAAACAGCCCCUGAAGAUGGAGAGCAAUGGAGUGCUAUAUUCGCAGAUAUCGAAAAGGUUAUAAUGCCAGGAAUGACACACUGGCACUCACCCCACUUCCACGCAUACUUCCCGACCGCCAAUUCUUACCCAUCAAUCUGUGCGGAUAUGAUGUCCAGUGCGUUGGCGGUCAUUGGAUUCACAUGGAUCUCGAGCCCCGCGUGUACUGAACUGGAGAUGCAAAUGAUGGACUGGUUGGCCAAAAUGCUUGAUCUUCCCGAGCAUUUCAUGUUUAGCAACGGCGGUAAAGGGGGCGGUGUAAUACAGGGCACGGCUAGUGAGGCAACUUUGGUCACUCUAUUGGGCGCUAGAAAUAAAACAUUGGCUGAAAAUGGGAAUAACAAGGAAUUGUUGACUAAAUUAGUGGCCUAUGCCUCCGAACAGUCGCAUUCCAGUGUCGAGAGGGCCGGACUGUUAGGCGCCGUUCAGAUGAGACUUUUGCCAACCGAUGAAAAUCUUAGUCUUAGAGGAAGUGUUCUCAGCGAACAAAUUAAGAGAGACAGAGCUAAUGGUUUGAUACCAUUCUUCGUUGUGGGAACACUCGGCACCACUAAUACAUGCGCUUUUGAUAACAUACCCGAAUUGGGAAAAGUGUGCGAAGAAGAGAAUCUAUGGCUACAUAUUGACGCCGCUUUUGCCGGUUCAGCAUUUAUUUGCCCGGAAUUUAGGCAUCAUUUAAAUGGAGUUGAGUACGCCUCAUCAUUCAAUAUGAAUCCCCAUAAAUGGCUAUUAAUUAACUUCGACUGUUCAACACUUUGGAUCAAAAACAGCGAAUAUAUUGUGGACGCGUUUAAUGUGAAUCCCGUAUAUUUAAGACAUGAUAACCAGGGACAAAUACCCGAUUACAGGCACUGGCAAAUACCUCUGGGAAGACGAUUCCGUUCCCUUAAAAUGUGGUUUGUUUUCAGAAGUUAUGGCAUAAAAGGAUUGCAAAAUCAUAUCAGAAAACAAGUGGUUUUAGCCAAACAUUUCGAGUCAUUGCUCCUCAAAGACGAUCGCUUUGAGUUGUCAACACCGGUAGACCUGAGUUUGGUUUGCUUUAGACUAAAGGGAACGGAUGCUCUGAACGAGAAGUUUGUGAAACUCAUAAACGACGCCAAAUGUAUUCAUUUGACACCGACUCGAGUCGGCGGACGGUUUAUCGUACGGUUCGCGGUCUGCGCCCGAACUACAGAGGAUAGGGAUAUCGACUUCGCCUGGAAUGAGAUACAGAGACAGGCACUCAUCGCUCUAACCCAA